AUGGCGACGACGCCGACGGGCGCGCGUGGGUGCGGUGGGGUGGAGGUGACGCCGCCGUGUAGCGCGGCGCCGUUCACGCCGGGACCGGGACGAGAGGCGGGAUCGAAGGUCGAGACGAACGCGUGGACGCCGGAGACGCCGAUGUUUGGACCGCCGAAGACCGUGGACGCGCGCGAGGGGACGUCGAGGAAGGGGAUCGUGGGUGGGUUCGAUUCGCCCGAGCGCGCGCGAGGGACGGCGGACGCGCGAACGGCGACGACGGAGGCGGACGCGAACGAAGCGGCGUACGGGACCCCGCCGGCGUCGCCGCGGGCGACGGGUCGCGAGAACGUACCGUUGGCGUGUCCGGCGACGCCGAUCAAGGCUCGGAGGACGCGUGGGGUGUGCUUUGCGGGAGAGAAUGAAUCCGCCGCUCGCCCGCGAGGCCGCGUCGUGCGAUCGCUCUUGGAGGAGUUCAACGCCGCGGCGCGUGAGUUGGACGACAUGCUCGAGGAGAAGAGCGAAAAUACGAUCAUGCAGACCUUUGACGACGGUUUUGAUCCUUUCGAUGAGCCCGAGUAG